AUGAGCUCACCAAACGACCAUUCCCGGAUGGGCUCCGUGGAUCCUUACUCCAACCCUGAUGUCUAUUACGGAAAAGAAGAUCAAGUUGAUCGUUUCAAGACUCGCAGACGCGCUUUCUCCGCGAGCUUGAACAGCUAUACUCGUGACGAUAUCAAUCAAUUCUUUGGAACAAUUCCUUCGCGGCGAGGUAGUCACGAUGAGGCGUCAGGCCAACCCAGGAAAUUCCUUAUCAACGUGGAUGAGACGCUCGAGGCUCUCCUGAAGCAGGAGGAUACGGAUAGCAAUAUGCAGAUCACCAUUGAGGAUUUGGGACCUAAGGUGCUCUCGGUCGGGACUGCUGCAUCAUCUGGAUACAAUCGAGUGGAUGUGCGAGGCACAUACAUGCUCUCCAACCUUCUACAGGAGCUUACAAUUGCUAAAGACUACGGUCGCAAGCGUCUGAUUCUGGACGAAGCACGCCUGAGCGAGAACCCAGUGUCGCGGCUCUCCCGUAUGAUCAAGAACUCAUUCUGGGACGCGCUCACCCGACGUAUUGAUGGUCAUAACAUUGAAGUGGCGGGCAAGGAUCCGAAGGACUGGACUGCGGAUCCUCGUCCUCGUGUCUAUGUCCCACCAGGUGCUCCGGAACAGUUCGAAUAUUAUCAGGGCAUUGCCAAGGAUCAUCCCGAGCUGCGUCUCGAUGUGCAGUUGCUGCCUGUUGAGAUUACCGCGGACUAUGUGAUGAAGCUCAACAACAAGCCCGGCUUGUUGGCGCUGGCUAUGGAGAAAAAGACGAACGAGUCAACCAUGAAGGAAGAGCUUGUCGGUGUGCCGUUCGUUGUGCCAGGCGGUCGUUUCAACGAGCUCUACAAUUGGGACAGCUAUAUGAUGGCUUUGGGACUGCUCUCCAAUGAUCGCGUUGAUCUUGCCAAGGGCAUGGUUACCAACUUCUGCUUCGAGAUCAAGCACUAUGGAAAGGUCCUCAACGCGAACCGAUCUUACUACCUGACUCGUUCGCAGCCUCCAUUCUUGACAGACAUGGCCUUGCGCGUAUACGAAAGAAUCAAAACGGAGCCUGACUCGAGGGAAUUCCUGCGCAACGCCGUUCUCGCCGCCAUCAAGGACUACAACAGCGUCUGGGUGUCCGCGCCUCGCCUGGACCCCGAGACCGGUCUCUCGCGGUAUCGCCCCGAAGGCUGGGGAGUGCCACCAGAGACCGAACCAUCUCACUUCCUGCAUAUCCUCACACCCUACGCCGAGAAGCACGGCAUGGCAUUCGAAGAGUUUGUCAGGGCAUACAACCACAGAGAAAUUGUGGAACCCGAGUUGGACGAGUACUUUUUGCAUGACCGAGCAGUCCGUGAGUCCGGCCACGACACCAGCUACCGACUCGAAGGUGUAUGCGCCAACCUCGCCACCGUAGACCUCAACUCCCUCCUGUACAAAUACGAAGUCGACAUCGCACGCAUCAUCCGUGUCCACUUCAACGACAGACUCGAAAUCCCCACCGAAUUCCGCACGCCCUUAACAAGAGACAUUGAGUUCGAGACCUCCGCGGUAUGGGACAGACGUGCACGCAAGCGCAAGGCGCGCAUGGACCAGCUUCUCUGGGAUGCGGACAAGGGCAUGUACUUCGACUACGACACCGUCAAGAAGGAACGCACAAACUACGAAACCGCAACAACCUUCUGGGCAAUGUGGGCCGGUCUAGCAUCCCCAGCCCAAGCAGCAGACCUAGUCUCCAAGGCUCUACCACGCUUCGAAGCAUUCGGCGGUCUUGUCUCGGGCACAGAGGAGUCCCGCGGUGCUAUUGGAUUGACACGCCCUAACCGGCAGUGGGAUUAUCCCUACGGCUGGGCGCCGCAGCAAAUCCUCGCCUGGACGGGUCUCCUCCGGUACGGAUACCAGGAGGACGCGGAGCGGUUGGCGUACAAGUGGGUGUACAUGAUCACCAAGGCCUUUGUUGAUUUCAAUGGUGUCGUUGUCGAGAAGUACGAUGUCACUAGGCCUAUUGACCCGCAUCGGGUUGAUGCCGAGUAUGGAAACCAGGGUACAGACUUUAAGGGCGCUCCCCGCGAAGGAUUCGGCUGGGUUAACGCCAGUUAUGUUUACGGACUGGAGAUUCUCAAUGCGCAUAUGAGACGGUCGCUGGGAGCUAUCACUCCCUAUGACACGUACCACAAGGCCGUUGUGGCCCAGGAUGCCUUUUGA